GGCAAUGUAACAAUGAAAACAAGCCGUACAACAGUUAAAAUUCCACUCCCGGUUAAAAGGUACCAAAAAGCGGAACCGUUUGCUUGUCGCGAAAAUAGUGAAGUAGACGGCAUUUGAAUAAAGAAGUGAAAUAAAUGAACUGAAAUUGGCGAAAUAAAAAGAUAUGCUUUGCAGAAUAAGCGUUUUAAUGUUAACCCUACCUUUGGCCAAUAUAUACAUUUUUUAUUCAGUAUGUGUUUCCGCGCAAGGUGCUACUGAUUUGCUCAAAAUUACAAAACCAACGCCGAGAGUUAUUUCAAAAGAUUCAUCAGUAAGAACAAUAGCACCAAGUAAUUUACAAACGACUGUUUCAUCUACUACAGAGGCAAGCGCAGUGGCAACUGUAAUACCUGAGAUUUGCAUACAUGGUGUAAAAAUUGACUUAACCGACAAGCUUGAAACCCAGAAUAUACAAUACGAACGAGAUUUCGUGCAAGUCCUUGAAGGUGAUGCUAUGCUCAGCAUAUUGACGACAGAUGUUGCUUCAACCCUUUUUGUAAUCGACCGAAUAAACAGAGCAAACCUCUUGGAUGCAGACUUUGAAAUUGGAGUUCGCGCUAUAUUGAUUGAAGAUGAAUCUGUUGCUGAAAACUUACUUAUGCAAGAGGUACAAUAUCUACAGCAGUGCAUCGCUCAUGCCAUUGGUAUCUUUGUCGAUUAUGAUUUAUACAAAAAUUCCGAGCAAUUUAUUAAAGAUCUAGAGUACAACAUUUGGCCAAUACUUCCAUCCCGUAUGUAUAUACUGCCAAAAGUAGCGCAUCUGUUACAUCAAAUGCCUUGGGCGGGAAGUAUAGCAUCUGUGGAAAUUGUCACUGAAAAUUUAGACACAUAUAAUGAGUUUAUUGAGGCUGUGCGUCAUGAACAUAUGUGUCUUAUGCAUUUCAAGAGCGACAGUAACAUUUACAUUCUCUUUGGAAACAAGUUGACGAGGCAUUUUGAAGAUAAUAGCACUAUUUUUGCAAUAACCACUGAUCACACAGAUCGUACUUUUCUAACAGAUCUGCCGCAUAAGUCGUAUAUACUUAUGGAAAGCCGUGUAGAUCCUGAUAAAAUUGAGGAAAAUUCCACAACGCCUGCAAUGGAGGAGACUUUGAGGGGUAAUUUGAUUCAACCGUCGAGGGUUUUAGCUUUUGCCCGGCCCAUGCUGGAAAUCGUUCGUUGGCUUAAGGGUUCAUUAAUGCGUAACUGCAAGCGAGAGCAAAACAUUUUUGUACUUGAGUCAUGCUUAAACUUUCUAAAUUUUAUUGGUGAUUGGCAAACACCGGAAUAUCGUCAAUAUUACGAACCGGCUAAAAUUUUGGAGUUAUUACACAUGCAACGAUUUACUUCGUUUAUGAACUUUAAAAUGUUUCAAAAACACAACAAAAACCCUAAUGAUAGAACCACGUCUAGUCAAGACAACACCGAACUUCAAGAGAUCGCAUCACAAAACUUUAUUACUAACAUAACUACGUUCUAUCAUUACAAUCAAGCUAAUAGCAGUAGCAUAGAGUUAAAACCUAAAUUUGGUCAGAUUUUCAACUGUCAGUACAGCGCGGGAGAGAAUCGGCGAUAUCCAUUUCUAUUUGAUGGAGAGUCGGUGAUGUUUUGGAGAAUUAAACCGGAUGCAUGGGUAGCCACGGGAAUGACUGCCGCUAUUCUUGGCCUAAUAAUUACCUUGGCCAUAUUAGUAUUUAUUGUUGUGCGCAUAUCUUUGGGUGACGUAUUCGAAGGCAAUCCCGUCACAUCGAUCUUAUUGCUGCUCUCUAUGAUUUUGUUAUUCACUUCUUUUGUACCUUUCGCUUUGGAGUAUAUCGGUGAACAUAAAAAUUCCCAUGUGACUUUCGAAGAUGCCGCCACACUAAACACGCUUUGCGCUGUACGUGUUUUUAUUAUGACAUUCGCCUAUUGCUUGACUUUUUCACUAUUACUUUGUCGGGCUGUUAUGCUCGCAUCGAUAGGUUCCGAGGGGGGUUUUUUGUCACAUGUUAAUGGCUAUAUUCAGGCUGUUAUCUGUUUGUUUAGUGUACUCGUACAGUUGGGUAUGUCAGUUCAAUUAUUAGUCCUUAUGCAUGUCGCAACGGAGAGUAUAUCAUGUGAAAAUAUGUACUAUGGCCAUUGGUUAUGGGUUUUGAUUGGAUACGAUUUCAUGUUACUUAUGGGCAUUGUAGGCUUGGUUCCAUUUAUAUAUCGCUCGCAACGAAAUUAUCGCGAAGGUAUUCUCAUUGUUAUUGGCGCUGUGCUAACUUUCGCAAUUUGGAUCGUUUGGAUUGGAAUGUCACUCUUAGGCGAUGAGAUGCGAGAUGCAGCAAUAUCUUUAGGCCUACAAGCCACAGGUUGGGCUAUUUUGAUAGGUGUGCUUAUACCGCGGACAUUUCUUAUAGUACGUGGCAUUGAACGUUCGGAUAUUGCCCAAGCAUUGCCUUCGCUUACUUCACUAGCUUUUGCGCAAAAUAAUCAGUACUCUUCAGAACAGAGCGUUUACGAGUGUGUCAAUCCAGCUAUGCGAAGUUGUUCACAAGUUGAUAUAGCUCAGUCGCCAAGUGAAAUUCCAACACUUCCAUUACGCGGCGGUGGACCACGCAGACAACAAUUUUUCGCAAACUUACGUCAGGCCAAUGCCAAUAUCAAUCCACAACGGCAACCACCUCGACCACAGAGGGGCAGCCCUACACGUUCAGAGUGCUCUUCCUUGCCCGGUUCACCAGAGAGCAGUAAAAUAACUCGGUUUUAGACAGAUAAAAGCUCCAUGCAAUCAUAUUAACUUACCAAAUAUACUGUUUGAAUCCA